AUGAUGCCAAAGAAGAACGAAUCAUCGUCACCAACAAUGUUACAAGAAGUCUUUGACAAAUUGGAAAGCAGAUCUCGCGGAGCUCUCACCCCUCCUCGUAGCAAUGUGACUACCACUGCCGACAACAACGCAACCCCGGCCAAACGAUACCAAACCAGUAAUAACGGAGCCUUCGAAGUCUUGGACACUUUGGACCGCAAAAACCGAAGUACUACCCACGAUUUGGAUCCACUAGCGGAAGGGGAAGACUUUGGUUCUCUUUCGGCCGACGAAGCCGACACGGGCGACGAUGGAAUUAUCAGAAGCAGCCGCAAACGAGUGCAAAAGGCCCGCUUUGCCUAUCGAGAAGAUCCCGAAUACUGGACCGGUCGUCGUGGUUCCACCAUCCUGCAAAGAGGAAGACGGCGAUCGUCCAUGAUGUAUCCACAGGUCAAGGAAACGGCGGAUUCUGCCGCACUUGCCUGCAGUCUGAUGAUAUAA